AUGUCUUUACACGCCGUUACGAAAAGCGACACCGCUGAACUGGAGACCAAAGUGGGGGCGGAGCCAGAGAUGAAAAUGGAGGAGCAGGAGUCGGCGCGCCCCAAGUCAGAGACGGCGUCAGGGAGAGCAGGAGACCCCCCUUGCGUCUUUCAAGCAGGGACCCUCAAGCACAGUCCGAGGGGAAUUAUACUGCAACAGGUGAAACAGGAGCCAGAAGAGGGCCUGGCGUCGCAGCGCUGGGAAGCCCAGUGGCAGGAGUUCCUCAGGGCGGUGCAGUCUCCUCAGUCGGGGUGGGGAAGCCCCCCACUUCCAGAGCCCGCGCCAUGGGGCGAUGCGAAGGCCUCCGUGGCCCCCGCCGCCAGGGCCGCUGGCUCGGAGAGACAGCGCCGGAACUUCCGGGAGUUCCGCUACCAGGACGCCCCAGGCCCACGGGAGGCCUACAGCCGGCUCCGGGAGCUUUGCCAUCGGUGGCUGAAGCCAGAGAGGCACGCCAAGGAGCAGAUGCUGGAGCUGGUGAUCCUGGAGCAGUUCCUGGCUGUCCUCCCCCCGGAAAUCAUGAGCUGGGUGAAGGUGCGCAGCCCGGAGACCUGUGCCCAGGCGGUGGCCCUGGCUGAGGAUUUCCUGCAGAGACAGCGAGAGGCCGAGGGACCGGGAGAGCAGGGAUCCGAAGGGCUUUUCCAGAACGGAGCUGCAGUCGAAGAUGGGGCUGCGCUGGGAAUCGUCCAGAAGCCGCUGCGUGGGGAGGUCAAGCAAGAGGGAGAGAGGGACGCCAGCUCCCCCAGCGCUGGUGAAUGUCAGGGUGAGGAUGAGGAGAAGCUACCAGGGGGUUCGGAGGAAGGCACUGAACACCAGGCCCCUGAAGAAAAUGAGGGCAAUCUGGACAGGCCGAAGAGGCAAGAGGGAAAUGAAAGGGAAGAAUGGAAGACUAAGUCCGUUGCUUACAAAGGCGGUCCUUUCCACGAAAACACUGGACAGCAGAGAGUCCUCAACAGGAAAAGGAGGAAUAAAUGCCUGGUGUGUGGGAAAGUGUUCAGAGAUGAAGCGUACCUAAAUAAGCAUCAGAGAACCCACACAGGGGAGAAACCCUACGAAUGCUCAGACUGUGGAAAGAGCUUCCGUUGGAGCUCAGACCUUCAUAGACACCAGAGAACCCACACGGGAGAAAAACCGUAUAAAUGCUUGGACUGCGGGAAGAGUUUUCGUCGGAGCUCAAACCUUCACAGGCACCGCAGAACCCACACCGGGGAGAAAUCGUAUGAAUGCUCGGACUGUGGGAAAACGUUCCGCUGCAGCUCAAGCCUGAUCAGCCAUAGGCGAACCCACACUGGAGAGAAACCCUACGAAUGUUCGGACUGUGGGAAAAGCUUUCGGCUGAGCUCAAACCUUAUUAGCCACAAGAGAACCCACACCGGAGAGAAACCCUAUGAAUGCCCAGACUGUGAGAAAUGCUUCCGUCGAAGCUCGCACCUUAAUACCCACAAGAGAAUCCACACCGGACAGAAACCAUAUACGUGCUCGGAUUGCUCCAAAACCUUUUCUGAUCGAUCCAACCUCCUUAGCCACUUGAGAAUCCACACUGGACAGAAGCCGUAUACGUGUUCGGACUGUACCAAAACCUUUUCUAAUAAAUCCAACCUCCUCAGUCACCAGAGAAUCCACUCGGGAGAGAAGCCGUACGAAUGCUUAGACUGUGGGAAAAGCUUCAGCGUGUGCCAGUAUCUGACAAGGCAUCAGAGGAGGCACACCACAGAAAAACUGUACGAGUGUGCGGACUGUGGGAAAAGGUUCAGUCAGAGCCAGUACCUUAUUCGGCAUCAAAAACAUUCCCACAGGAGAAAAAGUACGUGAAUGGUACUUCCUAUCAGAGUGUGCACCUUAAGAGCUAUGAAAUGACUCGUACAAUAUGGAAACUAUAUAAAUCAGGGGUGUGGAAUUUCAGGCCGAGGGGCCGGCCAUUCCCUGGCCAUU